UUUACGGAUUUAAUUCCGAGCAGAUGGCGCCGUAUCUUGACAUAUAUUUGUAAACACUGACCACGUGAGACUGAAAGCUAAAUAAAAAUAAACCUACUAGAUUCAAAAAAUAAAUUACUUACUAAUUUAAAAAGUAAUAUUGAUUUUAAAAAACUAAAUACCAUCAACAUGUACGUAUUCAAACCCUUUGUUUUGACUGAAGUAAAUUACCAGGGCAGGAUAAAACCAUCAGCAAGAAGAUGGCCAAAUAUUGUUAACAAUGACAAGUAUUUGUAUCUGUACUGCGGCACGACGCGGGUCGAGAACGACGACAAAGAAAAAGACUCGGGUGAUGGCUUUGAUGAUUCUGACGGUGACCUGAGUGACGAAGAAUCUUUCAGCACCGAGUACACAGUAAAGUAUCUCCAGGACAUGUGGGAAUUAAACCUGGCCACAGAGACUUGGAGAUGUCUUCCUGACAGAAGUUAUCCCAGUGAUGAGGAGAACAUUAUCGGAGUAGGACUGAACGAGUCGACGAUGGUCGCGACCACGCAGGGGGUAAACAACGAGAACAAUGUCUACGUUUAUGACUUAGUUGACAGUACCAAGGACGUCAAAAUCAAACUGACCCAAGAGUGGCCUAGUAGAUUGUUCUGCUUCAAUCUUAUCAGUCACGAUAAUUAUUUUUACACUGUCGCCUACGGGGAGUAUGGAAUCAACGUCUUCAAACUGGACUAUGGAACCGGAAGCUGGACGAGAAUCGACCGUCAAUGUUUGAACAGUUUUACUGAAGUUCUGCCGUUCGGCGAAUUCAAUACUGCGUUUGAUGGAAAGAUUUUUGUUUUCAUAGUUGACGACUGGCGGCAAGAUCACAGGAAACCUAUCAAGAAAACGGUGGCUUUUGAUUUGGAGAAGAGACAGUGGGAGGAUAUUGAGACCGUUGGAGAUGAUGAUGGGAAAAAUUACCCGGAAUUUAGGACUGGAUUUAAUUUGUGCCAGUAUACGGACCCGGAUAGUGCAGAGGUCAAUGUAAUUCUCACUGGAGGUGUAGCGGAUACUAAAUACUAUGAUGAUGUUUGGCGGCUUAAUUUGCACACGCUCCAGUGGACAUGUUUGAAUAAAUUUGGAUCUGUUCUUCCAAUACCGAUUACUGAUCACGCGGCGACUAUUACUGAUAGUGGUAAACUGUACGUGUUUGGUGGGAUAACUGGAACUCAAGAUGAUAAGUUCACUAGAGUCGAUGCUCUCUACUCAACCUGGCUGAGGAUCCCAAGACUGACAGACAUCUGCUGGGAAGCUGUAAUUUAUUACUACCGCGACCUGAGCACUAAAUCAGACGAAGAAUUUAAAAAAAUGGGUUUGCCUCCAAAAUUUGUAAAAUCCAAAAUAGAAUAAAUAAUACGAUACUGAAGUUAGCCGACGUCUAAUAAUUUUUGGAUUUCCUUAAAAACAAUAAAUUUGAAACAACAAGAAAUUUCAAAAAAUUGCACCUAUAGUUUAUUAAAUUUUCUACAUGUGCAUAUUUUUAUAUUUAUUUUUUUUUUUAAAUUAAGUCGUUGAAACAAAAAUUCGAAAAUUAUCAACUGUCUGCUAACUUCAGGAUCAUAUAAAUAAUAAUAGAUCUGUAAGUACAAGAGUACAUAUUUUUGCAAGUACUGUAAGAAAGUUUUUUUUAUAACGAUGUAAAUAUUUUAUUGAUAAAUCAAGUGCUAUAUUUAUCAAUACUUAAGUUUAAAUAAUUAAAUCAAUAGAUUUAAUAUUUAUAGAUCUGUGCUCAUACAAUAGUUUCGCUAUCGGGUUUGUACAAAUUAGUAAUCAAAAAUUAAGUUAUGGUUUUUUUGUUUAUGAUAUAUUUAAGUAUAAUUACAAUAUGGGCAAAUAUAUAACAUUAUCUUAGAGACUCAGUUACAAUUAAUAUUAAAUUUAAAUUUAUUAAUUACUUGGUAAAUAAUUAAUAAAAUUUUGUACGAUAAUUCGUAAUUAUUGUCGUCUAUUUUUAUUAAUAAACUUAUUAAUGACCUUUAAUUAACUCUACUGUAUGCAGAAAUACCAUUUUUUUAUAAAUAAUAUUCAAAAACAAAUGGCGCGAAUUUUGAAUUUUAAAACCCCGCCGUUUUAAUAAUCAGCGAACUUCACGUUUAUUUAUUGUGAUCAAUAUGGGCCAGGAUUAAAGUGUCAAAAUAAAUAUAUUUAUAUGCAUAUAUAUAUAUAAAAAUAUAUUAAUAACAAAUAUAAAUAGUAAAAUAAAAUGUAUGCCUUCAAACCGUUUGUGUUAACGGAAUGCGACAGUCCAAGUGAAACUAAACCGACACCCAGAACAUUUCCGACGAUAUUUUGCAAUGAAAAAUAUCUGUACUCAUUCAGCGGGUACAAGUAUACGUUAAAUAGAUACACCGCCACUGAUUAUGACGACGCGAGAAUAAUUAAAGAAAUUUGGAAAUACAAUUUGGCAACAAGGAAAUGGAGCUGCUUACCAGAGCAGCGAUUUUUGCCCAGCAACAACGAAAUAAUUCUCGGCAUGACAUUCAAAUCAGACAGACUUAUCGUAAUUUCUUGGAACAAGUGCCAGUCAAAAGGUUACCUGUACACUCACAAUUUAAAAAACGAACACGAGGUAGAAAAAAUGACCACCAAGGGCCCACUGCCCAAGCGAUUCUUCUCCCAUAAUUUUAUAAGCCACGGGUCUUAUUUGUACACCAUCGGGAAUGAUCGUGGGUUGGGAGUCUUCAGGAUAGACCCGGAGACUGGGAUAUGGGAAAAGUUGUCUCCGGAAAAUGGCGAUGACUUCCCUGGGUAUUAUGAUGACAUCGAGCUGGCUUAUGAUGGCAUCAAAAUUUAUGUGAUAUUUGUAAAAAUACGAGGGGAAAAAAUCCGCGAACUCAAGACAAUACAGGCCUAUGACAUUGAACAGAAUCGCUGGUAUAUUUUGGACACCACUGGAGAUCCUGAUAAUGAGAAACUCUUUCCUGAUAUCAGGAUUAAUUUUGGAAUCGCUCAUAUCGUAGAUCUGGAAAGGAGAGACACAAAUAUUGUUAUUUCUGGAGGAACGAUGGACAAGAGAAUUUAUAAUGACAUUUGGCGGCUGAGUUUAUCUACUCUGCAGUGGACUUGUCUGAAUAAAUUUGGGUCCAUUCUACCCCAAGCUAUUUGCGAGCACGACGCGACCACUUCCCUUGAUGGCAAGAUGUACGUUUUCGGUGGAAGGACCAAGAAAAAAAAUAACAGAUUAAGUGAAGUAAAUAAUCUUUACUCCACUUGGUUGCGGAUACCAAAACUCGCGGACAUCUGCUGGGAAGCUGUUAAUUUUUAUUACAGAGAUUUAAAUUCAAAAACUGACGAAGAAUUGUUUGAACUCGGAUUGCCUAUUAAAUUUGUGAAGUCUAGAUGCCAGUGAAUUUAUUAUUUUGUAUAUAAAAACUAGGGGUGUGCGGAUAGUUCGAAAUUACGAACUUUAUUCGUAUCGAUUCGAACUAUUUGAUAAAAAUCCGAAUCGAAUAAUUCAAAUUAUUUUUAAAUUUACGAAUACAAAAGUUUAAGAAUAAUUUCAAAUUUUUUUUCUGCAAUGAUUUAAAAUUGGAAUAUUUUUUCUCACAAUUCAAAUUUUUACCAGAGGUAAAUAAAUUUGAUACAAAUUAUUUUUAUUUACUUUAGAAAAAGUAACUGACGUCUCUAUUAAAUGAAAAUUGAAUUUUGAAAGUUGAUUAAAAUUUUCACGAUUAGAAAAGUUACAAAUAAUUCGAAAAUUUGCAGAAAAGUCGAAAAUUGAUGAUCCCGAAAAUGGCAGACAAUUUACAAUUUUUGAAUUAUUUUUUCUACUAAUUAAUUAUGAAAAAAAAAAAGCUAAAAAAUGCGCGUGUAGAAAAUUUAAAAAUCUAUAAGUGCAAUUAUUUGAAAUAUUUUUUUUUAUAAUUUGUCGUUUUUUAAAAAUUCAAAAAUUAGUAGACGGCCAAAUUCAGUAUCAUGAAAAUUGACGUAAUUCAAAAAUUUUCCAUGGUUCGAUUUUAUUUAAUUAUUCGAUUCGAAUGAUCCUGGAGUUAGCAGACGAUUAACAAUUUUUGAAUUUUUUUUUCAACAGAUCAACUAUAAAAAAAAAUAAAAAUAAAAAUAUGCACAUGUAGAAAAUUUAAAAAACUACAGGCGCAUUUUUUCCAAAUAUUUUUUUUUUAAAUUCAUCGUCUUAAAAAAAAACCAAAACCUAUCAAACGUCGACUAACUUCAGUAUAAUUUCGAAAACACCCCCAGUAAAAAUCCAACUGUUUUGUAAAAUAGACUAAAAAAAAAUAUAUAUAUAUUUAUUUUUAUGGAUUUUAAUAAAAUAUUUAUUACUAAUA